AUGAGCUUCGCGAUCAAGAGCCGAAGCUCACCUGGACUGGCCGGUCGGAUUUCCCGUCGCCUAGGAAUAAUCGGCCAAUUCCAGAAUUCCUCAAUCCCCUGGUUGUCGUCAUCCCCACGACUUCAUUAUUCUCAAAGCAGUAUACCAAAGAACUCAGGCCCAUUGAAAGGAGUUCGUAUCUUGGAUCUGACGCGUGUAUUGGCAGGGCCCUUCUGUACGCAAAUUCUCGCCGAUUAUGGUGCGGAUGUACUCAAAAUUGAAAAUCCAAAAGGCGGGGAUGACACGCGCUUAUGGAGAACCACUGGAGAGAAAGAUCUUUGGAAAGCGACCGAAAGUGAGAUGUCUGCUUACUUUUGCACGAUCAACCGAAAUAAAAGAUCUAUAACCUUAAAUUUAAAAAGCCAAAAGGGUCGUGACAUCCUUUUUCAGCUUGUGAAACACUCAGAUGUAGUCGUCGACAACUUUAUCCCAGGGAAAAUGGAGGAGCUCGGCAUUGGAUACAGACAAUUGUGCGAUGUCAACCCAUCGAUCAUUCACGCCAGUGUCUCCGGAUAUGGAGCAACUGGGCCGUAUGCCCAUCGAGCCGGAUAUGAUGCAAUCGCAGCAGCCGAGGCAGGACUGAUGCAUAUAACCGGCGAAAAGGAUGGUCCCCCAAGUCGGCCAGGGCUCGGACUCACAGAUAUGAGUACUGGAUUAUAUCUUCAUGGUGCAAUUUUGGCUGCAUUAUACUCUCGUCAGAAGACUGGCCAGGGGCAGAAGAUUGAUACAUCUUUGUUUGAAACCCAAGUUUCUCUAUUAUCAAACGUUGCGAUGUCAUGGUUGAACGCUGGGGAAAGCGCUCAACGCUGGGGAACCGAACACCCAAGCAUAGUGCCGUACCAGGCUUUUAGGACGAAGGAUACACACAUUGUUCUGGGCGCAACAAAUGACCGCCAAUUUAAAAUGCUAUGUCGUCUAAUAGAUCGACGUGAUCUUGCUAAAGACCCUCUUUUCGCCCAUAAUGCUUCUCGAGUGGCAAACCGCAGCAAACUGACGGUUGAACUGGGCAGUAUAAUGGUAUCAAAGACCACGAAUGAAUGGCUAAGCAUUUUAGAAGGAAGUGGGAUGCCAUAUGGGCCGAUCAAUACUAUUGAUUCGGUAUUUGCACACCCACAAACCAAAGCUAGAGAAAUGCUAUAUUCUAUGCCCCACAAAGCUGCAGUUUCUGGUGAGGUUAAAAUUCUUGGCAUUCCUGUUAAGUUCAGUAAAACACGCCCGCAAAUCCGUAUGCCACCGCCUAGCCUAGGAGAGCAUACUGAUAUUACACUCAAAGAGAUGGGGGUUUCAGAUGCAGAAAUACGAGAGAUGCGGAGCAACAAGAUUGUGUAA